CUUGUUUUCCAUUUCCAGGGAAAUGAAUCACCGCGCGCACGGCAGAUCCACCUCGAUUUCUGUAGGGUUUCCUCUCCCAUUCGAGCCGGCUUCGUUCCCUUCCUCUUCGUCGCCAUCCACCGCCGAAGUCGAGCCCCUACUCGGGCUUCGUCGCCAUCCAGCGCCGAAGAAGACCAUCUCCGACUUCCUGUGACUCGCCAUCCACCGCCAUCCAUCUUCGACUCGGGCUUCGUCGCCAUCUCCACAAAAGACCAGCUCUGACUUCGUUUUCGUCGCCAUCUCCGCAGAAGACCAUCUUCGAUUUCGAGUUUCAAACCACCGGCGCAUCUUCAUCUUCUUCCACGGCCAAGGAAGAACAAACUAAGAGCUUUUGUUUCAAGGAUGGCUGGGGUUUUGCGAUUUGGCAGCCUAUCACCCAAGACGAAGAAUUUUGUUGUUGCUGGUGGGCUGACAGCCUUUGUGUUUGGCGUGUAUUUUUACACCAUGAGAGCUGUUGGAGGUACAGAUGAACUUCAGAUAGCUAUAGACAAAUUUGAAGAGCAGAAAAAGAGGGUAGCUGUAGACAAAUUUGAAGAGCAGAAAGAGAAGAAUAAGGCUUAAGCAAGUUUGGCAUCCAACUCCUAACAUUUGCUGCUGCAAGCAAAUGAUGUAAUUAAGUAAAAUUGGACUAAGAGUGUUCCCUUCUCUAAACAACAGUCUGUCUCUGUGAUCUGAGUUUCUUUCCAUGUAGAUGUUGACCCAUCUAUCUGCUCUGCAAGAAGAUGGAAUAAACUGAGUUGCCUAUCUGGUGAUGAAUGAAUUAGUAUCUUUUUGAGGAA